AUGUCUUCCACGGAGAAUCUGAGCGGCGGCGAGGGGGAGCAGAACAACAACUCGAGCAACAGCCUCAACAACAGCAUCAAGUCGGUCUUCUCGUCGCUGAAGCGGGUGGCGACGAACGACAGCAAGAAGAGCGACGGCACCGACUCGUCCGCGUCCAGGUCCGACCCGCUCAGCAGCAUCGCGACCGAACCCUUGCCCGACGACCGCACCGAGAUCGAGGGCCUGCUGAACCGGCAGCUCAGCGCGCUGGACCAGCUGCGGCGCACGGUCGUGGCGCGCAACCAGGAGAUCAAGGACUACUGCGCGCGCGCGGCGCACUACUACAACCUGCGGCCGCGGGUGGCGCCGUCGUUCCUGCGCCAGCUCGACGUCGAGAUCCGCCUCCUCCGCCAGCAGCGCAACGGCCUGCAGGCCCUGGUCGACAUGCGCCACAACGAGAUCGUCCGCAUGGCCGAGCACCGCAAGAAGCUGGACGCCGACCAAGGGCUGGACUGCAACGUCUACGACAUGUACCUCGACUUCCGCCGCAUCUCGGAGUGGGAGCAGCUGUUCUCGAUCUGA